CAAAAUGCAGCAGAGACAAACAUCUUGUGACUCGUUCAGCACGUAACUAAACCACAGAUCAUGGCCCGCUGUGACGAGCUGGAUGAGUUGCGGCUUCAGUUCGAAACGCUGCAGAAGCAGCAGGAGAAGAGAAAGAAGAAGGAGAAAGAACCGGAUAAGCCUAAUGUCGAGGUUACAGAGGAGGAUUCCAACCAAAAGUGAGGAUGAAUUAAAUGUUGUUUUCCUCAGGGGCAGCAUAAAUGUCAUAGGGAACAUGUGCAGGACGUCGAGCCGAAUUGGCUUGAUAAGCUGCGAGAGCUCAAAGAUGAAAAUGGUCGUCUCUUCAAACUCCUCGGAGAAAAGGAUUUUGAAAUUAAACACCUGAAGAGGAAAAGAGAAGAAGAACGACUGGCCCUAGCAGGCAUGUCGGGCUUGGGGGGGGACGCAGCAGCCACCAGGAUUGUCGACCUGUCCAAGAAGAACAGGGAGCUGAGCGCCGAGAUCGAGAGAGAAAAGACCAGGUCCAAGCAAAACAGCAACAGAAUCAAAGAGCUUGAGAAAGAGCUACAGUCUGCGUUGGUGCACUCUCCCCCUGGGCAAAACACAGACAUAAAAUCCCAGAUUAAGAGAUUAUCGGACGACUGUGAGCAGGAAAAUCCAGCGGUGAAAUCUCUGCAGGAGAAAUUAGCCGCAGCCAAGCUGAGAUCGACUGAAUGUCGAAACCAGGUCCAAUCCCUCAAACAGGAGCUGAAAGUAGCUCAGAAGGUUUUAAUCAGUGAGGUUGGAGAGGAGGUCAACCUUCAGCAAUUACUGAGCUGCCCGGGGAGCUUCAGAGGUCGCGCUCAGCAGAUCCUGGUUCUUCAGAUGAAGGUGCGGGACCUCGAGCAGCAGCUGAACCGGUCGACUCAGCGGCGACAGCCAAGCGUCCUGAGUGUAGAGGACAAGUUCCUGGGCUCGGGGGUCCUUCUGAAGACCCCUCCUCAAGAGAGGAACCUCAACUACAUCCGCUCCAUGGAGAAGGAGAAGAGGGAGGCGUUUGAGCGAAUCUCAGUGGAGUAUGAGAACCUCCAGAAAGACUACGAGGAUGGGAAGAAAAAGAUGGAAGCCUCUAAAGCCAGGAACAAAUCUCUUUCUGCUGAGAUGAAAACUCUGAAGGUCCAGGUUUCCACCCUGCUGGAGAAGGGGAAACAUGAUAAUGAGCUUGUGGAUGCUUUGCUGAAGCAACAGAGCCAGAUGCAGGAGGUGUUGAGACGGCUCAGCCGACAGCAGAGCGGUCAGAGCAACGAGCUCCAGCAGAACCCGGGCAACUGGCGGAGCAGCGAGUCGGCAGAACACCUUGCUCUCGUCCAGAACCUCAAGCAGAUAGUUGCUGAGAAAGAAGAGACGAUCAAAGAACUGCAGGAGGAAAUCCAGCAGCUGUCCCUCCAGGAAGAGGGAGAAUCCAGCCACAAGACCAUUUGCAGUGCAGGCUUUCUGCCUGAAGAGGGAGACAUUAACAAGAGAAUAACAUCGUCAGGUUCACUUUCUAAAUUUGGUCAUAAACUGGUGCUGCCUUCUGUGAAGAGCAGCGUAGAAUUCAAGGGUCCCAGUUCGUCAAAAUGUCCCCAAUGCUCAGCCGAUGUCAGUGCACUCAUGACCCAGUGUAGUGAAUAUAAAGUCCUCUGUGUGGAGAAGGACAGACUCUCUGAGCUGGUGAACGUCCUACAGACAAAAGAAAAAGAUUGGACCCAGAGGUGUGCGGAGGCUGAGCACAAGUAUCAGGAGGAGCGCCGCAGGAUGGUGAUCCUGGAGCAGCAGCUGGAGCGGACGGAAUUAGAUUCAAAGUGAGGACCAUGCAAGCAGCAAGGGUAGAACUCCUAUGGCAAGGCUCAAUUACAGCAGGGCGUGACGAUGUCCAGCAGAUUUAGCUUUUUUCUUACCUAUAUUAUAUACCCCGAAUUUCGUCCUUGGUUGUCAUGACUAUACAUCUCAGGAUCAGUGUCUCUGAGCAUUAGGAUGGCAGGACUGUAUAAACAACAGUAGGAUUGGCACUAUGGCCAACGCUCACUCUCACCCGCACGUCUGGAUGACGCUGAGACGUCCACGUUGCUCUUAUUUUUUG